AUGGAGAAGGAAAACUGCAGCACUCUGUCAGAGAUCAUCCUCCUGGGAUUAUCAGACCUCCCUGAGCUGAGCAUCUUCCUCUUCCUGUUGUUUCUUCUCAUCUAUGGAGUCACAGUGAUGGGCAACAUGGGCAUGAUUGCAGUGAUCCAGGUCAGCUCUCAGCUUCACACCCCCAUGUACUUUUUCCUUAGCCACUUGUCCUUUGUGGAUUUCUGCUACUCCACCAUCAUUGUGCCUAAGAUGCUGGCCAAUAUCUUAAGCAGGGACAAAGCUAUUUCCUUCCUGGGUUGCAUGGUUCAGUUCUAUUUAUUUUGUACUUGUGCAGUCACUGAGGUCUUCCUGCUGGCUGUGAUGGCCUAUGACCGCUUUGUGGCCAUCUGCUACCCACUGCUCUACAUGGUUAUCAUAUCCCAGAAGCUCUGUUUCGGACUGGUGUCUGUGUGCUAUCUCUGUGGAACAAUAUGUUCUCUAAUUCACAUAUGUUUAGCUCUUGGGAUCCCAUCCUACAGAUCAAAUGUGGUUAACCACUUCUUCUGUGAUUUACCUCCUCUCUUAUCUCUUGCUUGCUCUGAUGUGUCUGUGAAUAAACUGGUGGUGUACACUGUGACCACUUUCAAUGAGAUCAUCACCAUCAUAAUCAUCCUCACCUCCUAUUUGUUUAUCCUCAUCACCAUCCUGAGGAUGCGCUCUGCAGAGGGAAGGCACAAAGCCUUUUCCACCUGUGCCUCCCAUGUCACAACCAUCAUUGUCCUCCAUGGAACAAUUCUUUUCUUUUAUUGCAGGCCCAGUUCUGAGUAUGGUUUAGAAACUGAUAAAGUGGCCACAGUUUUCUAUACUAUAGUGAUUCCAAUGCUGAAUCCCCUGAUCUAUAGCCUGAGAAAUAAAGAUGUGAAAGCAGCUCUCAGGAAACUGUGGGAUAUAAAUUACUAUUUCAGGGACCAAGUCCUUAGCUGGACUCUGGGUUUCAAAUGGAAGCUUUAA